GUCAAAGACCGCACGAGCGAGGAGGCAAGCACUGCCGCACUAAUUAGUGAGGAGAGAGGAGGCUGUCUGCGUCGACACACCCAUCGGUCGACGCCCCCUCCACUCUCACUCGACAUCAGCACAGCACGCCACUUCCGUCUACGCACUCCAGACUGUCCGGCAAGCGAUACAGCAACACCCAGCCAACCGCAGCCAGCAUAGAUCAGCUGUGAAGUGACCCCACUCUCUCCAUGACGCGGCCACCUCCGCGUCGGUGCUGGUCAGCCAUCCUCCUAUGCGGCCUGGUGGCCGUUGCCGCCGUCAACGCGCAGCAGCAGCAGCAGGGUGUCGGCGGACGCGUGGGCAACUUCCUGGGGCGCUCCGCUGCGGGCAUCCAGAACAUCCUCGAAGGUGAGAUCACGGGGGUGAAGCUGCUGCAGCCGUUGGUGCCUCAUGCAUUGUACGGGGGACCUUUGUGUGUGUCUCGUGACUGCAGGUAGCAUCCUCGACCCCGCCUACAUCGGUGCAGGCAUCAAUGCUGCCGCCCAGACAGCCACAGGUGCCGCCACCUUUGCCGCCCAGACAGCCACAGAUGCCGCCACCACUGCGGGCAAGAUGGCCACAGAUGCCGCUACCACUGCCGCCCGGACUGCUACAGAUGCCGCCACCACUGCGGGCAAGAUGGCCUCAGAGGCCGGCAACCAGAUCGCCUACGGCGCCUACCAGGGCCUCCAGGCUGCCGAGGGCGUGGCACAGAUGGCCGCUGUCCAGCUCAACGAGUUCGUCAGGGAUCCGCCAACCAUCAGUGACAUCCGCCAGGAGGCCCGCGGCAUGCGCAAGAAGCUGAGCGAGGCCGAGAUGAAGGUCAGGGACAGCGUGGUGUCCCGUCUGGCUGGCGGCGAGCGCGAGUCGGCCAUGGGGAUCAUCAGAAGCAUCGGGCCUCUUCGCUCGCCUGCCGUGCUGGCGGGGGUGGUGGAGGACCUGGUCGGCAAGGAGGACGAGAAGAGCCCCGAGAGAUCCUCUCUCGACAUCCUCGGAGAUGUAAGCAACCUCACACACAUACUUUUAAGGACUCCUUGUCCAUCUGCAUGUCCAUUGUGUGUCUGUGUUGUGUAUGUGUGUCGAUCCAUCCAUCCGUCGAUCAGCUGCUGACUGAGCUCCUGCAGGAGUCCCCCGUGGACACGCAGGCUGCAGCUGCCGCCAUCGGCGCGUAUUUGCAGUCUCCCAAGCUGCCCGAGAGCGCCGUGUUGGCAGAGUUCAUGGAGCCCUUCAUGAACUCCCUCACCGCUGACAACGCCACCAGCAUGGCCAAGCAGAUCGUCGAGAACGUCGCCGGCACUGAGGCAUUCGACACGGUCAGUCACUGCACGGCACGCACGCGCACACGUCCCCGGCCAUCACCAUGGAUGGCUUCGUGUGUGGGCGUGUCGUCUAAUGUGUGUGGUGCAGGCGCUGGAUCUGAUGAAGCCUCUGGGUUUCGGCGACGUGGUUCCUGAGAUGCUGACGAGCAUCAUGCCCAAGCUGUCGCCCCCCGACAUGCUCGCCUUCACCCAAUCCGUCACACAGGCCAUGCCCGUCAAGGAAGCUUCCAAGGUCUUCACCGACGUCCUCGACGGACUCGUAAGCAUGACACACACGCACACGAACCAGCCAAGUCCCCCAUCCCACCAGCACCCACCAAACGUGUCUGUGCUGCGUGUGUCCAUCCAUUAGGUGUCUGAGAAGGACAGCAGCGGGGUCGCGGCGGCCGUGACCGCCCUUGUGGCGGCGCUGCCCUUCACGGCCGACAAGAAUAGCACAAGUGAGGACGAGGGCGACAUCAUCACCCUGCCCUCUCUCCUGGGCGAGAUGCUCCCCGCCGUCAAGCCUGACACUCUCACCGCCACCGCAGCGCAGCUCCUCAUGCUCUUCGAGAUUCCCGCGUUCGCACAAGUCAUGGGUCAGUCAGAGGCACACACACACACACAAACACACACUGCACAUGCGUUUCUCUCCCUUGUCCGUCCAGCGCCGGUCGUGAAGGAGGCCGAGUCGCCAGCCAAGUUUGUCAACUCGCUGGUGGCUUCGCUCGAGAGCAUCCUGGCCCCCAACGAGCUCACCGAGGUCGUGAAGGCGAUCCUCACUGUGCCGUCGCUCGCCGAGAAGGAGCUCAUCCAACCAGUAAGUGCACCCAUCACCAUCGACUCCACUGCUCCACCUCAGGCCGUGUCUCAGGUGCUCGAGACGCUCACCGGCGAGAUGACGUCGGCAAAGGAGGCUGAGGAGGGCGGCCGUCCUGCCCUGGUGUCGCUGAUGAAGGGCAUCUUGACCGAGAGCGACAUCACCAGCCUCCUGGACUUCCCGUCAAGGGUCAACAUCAUGAAGAGCACGCUCGAAGCCGUCCCCGACGAGCAGUCAUUCAUCAGUAAGGAAGGCCUCCACUCACUCCCUCCACAGCACUGGCGCCACAUGCACACAUCUCGCCUCCCUCGUGUGUCUCUCCCCCCCACCCCACCCCACCACCCUGACAGAGGAGGUUGUGGCUGGUUUCAACGACAGCGACACCAGCAUCCCGCAGGAGGUGGCUAACCUGCUGGGCGGCCUGCUCGCCAAGCCGUCGAUCGUGGAGGUGUACCCCACGCAGCUGGUCAACCAGAUCGUGUGGAACACCGACCCCACCAAUCUCUCCAGGAGCCUCAAGCUCAUCGCCCGCGACCUGCCCGCGGCUAUCGGCAACGCCACGGAGCCCAUCCAGAAGGUCACCAGCCACGUACUGGCGGCCUCACCUGUCGCUGCGGACGACAUCAAGGAGGUGCUCGGCGAGAUGAGCGAGAAGCUGGGUGCUGAGGCGGUGGUUGAGAGCGUUGUCGGAGCGCUCCAGUGGCCCAAGUCGGAGGACGAGGCUCGUGACUAUAUCAACGACAUCCUCGGUGAGUGCCGCGCACGGGACAGCUGUGCAUUCCGCAGUGGAUGUGUGUCGUGAUGUGGUGUCUUGUGUGUGUGCAGGUGGUCUGUUGAAGUUGGGUGAUCCGUCGCUGAUCCACGACCUGAUCGCCAAGCUGGUGGACCACCUGCCCGGCAAGGAGGUGCUCCACCUGCUGGACCCCUACCUCAAGCUGCUCGACCCUGCCGACCUCGAGAAGGUAGGUGCCCACCCAUCCCACUCCCCUCACCCCCCACGCUAUGCACACCACACCACACCACCCACACACAGACAGAGGGACAGAUUGGUGUAUGUAUCCGUGUAUGUCUUGCCCACCCCUGCUGCGCUGCACUCACAGAUCUUUGCGCACAUUCUGCCCGAUGACUUGCUGAAGCUGCCUGAGACCCUGGACCCGCUGAAGCUCUUGGACUUCAUGCUCGACUUCGCCGCGCACCUGGACAUGGACCUCAACAACAUCAAGGACAUCUUCGUCGAUGCCGCUGUGAGAAUCGGUGAGCAUUGGGAUGCCAACAGACACCUGGAGAGGGUGAGAAACCGCCGUGUGCAUAUGUGUGUGUGUGUGUGUGUGUGUGUUUCUUCAGCUAAGGUGCUCGGUGACGCGGUUGACCUGGACUACUUCUACUCUGUGUGCGUGAAGCUGUUCCGCAUGUUCGAGCACCCGGAGGACAUCCUGGCGAUUCUCAGGCCCAUUCUCGACCACCUGCCGUUCGAUCAGCUCGUCAACGUAACCGCAACACACCACACCGCACCACACCACAACACACCGUGCGUGUCCGUCAUACGCCGUCCGUCAUGUGUAUUUCUGUGUGUUGCAUGCAGGCCCUGGUCGACCUGUCGUACAGGCUUACGGAGAUCGUCAACGCUGACGACGUUGGCCUCGUCUUCGCUCAAAUCAUUGGCAACGAGGUAUAUAUCUCAUGUCAUGUCACGUCACAUGCACUGCAGACAGACCGUGUGUCACUCACUUUGUCUGUCGUGUGCUGUGCUGUGGUGCAGUUCCUGAAGGUCACGAGUGACGCCACUGCGGUGCUGGAGCUGACUCACGCCAUCAUCGACCACCUGCCCAAGCCCAUCCUGCCGCAUUUCAUCGCCGAGCUGUUCAUGUACAGCCUGGAUGACCUCAAGCGCGAGACCACCAUCAAGGGCCUGGUGUCUGAGGUCCUGCACGUGCUCAUCAUCGCCAUCGAGGACCAGGAGGAGAUCGCCAAGGAGGUCAUCUCCCUGCUCAUCAACCCACUCAGUGCACUCCCCGCUGAGGAGGUCGGCGAGGUGAGACAGACGAGACAAGACAUCACCACACACACACACACACACACAUACACCGACUCAAUGUGCGCCUCGCUGUGCUGUACGCAGUUUGUGAAGCAUCUGGUGACGAACAGCAUCAAGGUGCACGCGAAGAACAUCCAGAUCGUCCUGGACUUCCUGGGCGACCUGCUCUUCUUCGACGACAUCCACACGCUCCUCAGCCCCGCAACCUACCUCCGUCUCCUAAAGGACAUCUGCGAAUUGGCCCCACACGAGCUCAUCGAGAAGAUCUUUCACAGCAGAUUCGUCAUCAGGCUCGUCGAUGCCGCCGUGGCGGUCCCGGCUGUGUUCGGCGACCUGAUCCAUCUGCUGAUCGACCUGGGCAAGGUGCCCGUGGAGCUCGUCGUUGAGUGCAUCGGCCGCGUCAUCCACUCCAUCGACGUCGAGGAACUCCUCAAGGUAGAUGAGAUCAGACGACGGACCGACACGCACAGACAGACAGAGAGAGUGGGAGCGUCUGGUCAAAUACGUCGUCUGUCUCUAUUUGCCGUGCCAUGCAGAUCUUCGCGGACGUGGCGCUGCGUCUGGCCGAUGCUGGCAAGGACCUGGCUGUCAGGGUCCACAAGGUGCUCGGUGGCCUGGUGGUUCACGCCGUCGACUUCGCCGCGGGCGGUCUGGACGCGCUGCUGCACCUCUUCACCGCCGCCCUCGAGCUCAUCAAGCUCCCAGAAGUCUUCAUCCGUAAGCACACACACACACACACACACACACACACAUGGCGGGGGGCUGGGCGGGGGCCGUGCGGCCAUUGAUUGAGGUGGGGCGUGUGUGUGUUUGUGGGUCGGUGUAGGUGCCGUGUUUGAGGAGUUGGUCAAGGUGAUCCAUGACGGCGUCGCGCUGGUGGAGGCGAUCAUCCACCUGAUCCCCGCCAUCAAGAUCGAGAUCCCCGCACUGGCCGACAUCCUCCGGCCCAUCAUCCACGUCCUCAAGCCCGACCACCUCCUCAUGGUCAGUCAGGGAGCCAACGCAGCACCCACCACCCUUAAGACGAACAGCCGGCCAUGAUAUUCGUGUCUCUGUGUGGCAUGACAUGAGUGCAGCUGAUUGACGGGCUGUUGGGUAUGGUGAGAUCUGUGUCGAUCGACAUCCAUGCUCUGCUGGAGAAGAUCUUCGCGGAGGGCACCGCUGCGCUCAAGGCCCUCAUCGCCCUGCCUGUGACUGUCCUGUACGACCUCCUGCCUACGCUGUACGACAUCGGCAAGAUCGUUGAGCACGUCCUGGUGGGUCUCCAUGAAAGACUUCCCGCUGUCGACUUCGAGGCUUUCAUCAGUAGGCCAUCCCAUUCCCCAGGCACACACACACCCCACCGCCCACAUCCCCGCAAACGUGUGUGUGUGGCGUGCGUGUGUGUUGUGCAGAGCAUCUGCUGUCGAUUGUCGAGCUCCCCCACGCAUUCAUCAAGCAUGUCAUCGACACCAUCAUCAGAUACAGCCUGAUGCCCCUCGAGCACCUCCGCGCGAUCAUCAAGCCCCUCAUCCCCGACAUGCUCAGCCACAUCCGGCACGAGUCGGAGGGCAACAACAACAAGACGGAGGACUUCGACCUCACCGACCCCCUGGCCUUCCUCAGCCUUGACGCCCUCCUCGAGAACGAGCCCAAGAUCGCCGGCGAGUUCCUCGGCAGCGCCAUCAACCUUGCCGAGUUCCCCGCCGAUGCGGCCGCUGCACUGGGCUACGGCGUCGUCAGCGCGCUCCUCCCGGAUGCUGAGAAGCUCAGCGAGUUCGUCGGUAAGGAGGAUGUCGACCAAUGGGCUCAUGUAUGGUAUGGGUGUGUCCAUACGUGGCUUGGCUUGUCUCUGCUGUCGUGUGAUGUGAACGUGUCUGUCAGAGGUGGUGAUCUCUGAGGUCGAGUCGUUUGAGAACUUCUACACCUCAGCGCUCGCUCCCUUGGUGAAGCUGGCGGGCCCCCAGCCGGCCGUCGAGGUCAUGGAACCCAUCAUCACCAAAUCCGACCAAAGGGUAAGCACCGACCGACCCCCCCAUGAAUCUAUAUGGUACCCAUCUCUCCUUGUUUGCUGCACGCAGGAUCUCUUCCUGGAGUCCCUGACUGAGGCGCUCACGGAAGCCGAGGAGGAUCUCGACCAGUUCGUCGAGGACCUCAUCGCCGCGCCAGGCUUCCUCCUCUCCUUCGAGGCCGAGAAGAUGGCCCCCAUCGUGGCAAAGGUCCUCGGCAAGGAGGACAGCAGCAAGGAGAACAAGGACAGGAAGGAGAAAGAGGACCCCUCUGGCCUGGGCCGCGUGUACGACUUCCUGAAGCAGGCUGGCGGCGUGCUGGAGACUGAGAAGAUGGGCGAGCUCCUGGGGCGGGUGAUGGACAUCCUGCCUGAGAAGGAGGGGCUUGAGAUCAUCACGGCCAUCCCGGAUGUCUUCACCGAGGACGUCCUGCCUGGCAUGCUCAGUAAGACCUUACCGACAAGAGACACACACCUUACGACACGCACACCACAUCUGAUUGGUUGUGUUGUGUGUGAUGACAUCCAUCAGAGUCGACCAUGGGUGCUGUGAGUGAUGUGGAGGGACUCAUCCGUGACGUCGCCAAGACGUGGGGCGCGACCCUCGAGCCAACAGCCCUGGCCGGCGCCAUCGGGGAGACCCUCAAGGCCGCCACACCCGAAGUCGUCAUCGAGGUAUACACAGCACAGCACACCACACCACACCCACGAGUGUCUCGCCCAUCCCUUCCUCUUUGCAACUUUCAGGCCAUCCCGGCGAUAGUGACAGAGCUGGAGGCGCCCCGGCUGCGCAGCGCCCUGUCUGAGGGUAUCCUGCCGGUGGCCGCCCUGCAGAAUGCGAACCUGCCCAAGGUGCUGGAGCAGCUGCCCUCAUUCGGCCUCGACCACUCGUCCAUGUACGCUCUCAUGAACGUCAUGCUCAGCCCGCUGCUGACGGGCGAGAGGGAGAAGCUCGCCUUCACCGACAUGAAGGACACAUGGAAGGAGGAUGAGAUCGCCGUGGCCGUGCAGGUCAGUUCAGUCAGGAGUCGAUCGAUGGUCGCGUGCGGUUUGCGCAUGUGGUGGUCUGUCUGAUUGGAUUGUGUGUUCUCGGUCGGUUUGUUUGUUUAUGCUUGCGCAUUGCAGAAGCUGGUGCCGUACGACGUGUUUGGCUACUUUGAGAAGUUCACGUCUUCCCUGUUCACGCCACUGGGUGUGAUCGAGAAGGUCGAUGACGUCCCCGAGGAGCUGUACACCACCUUCAAGUCCUUCGUCAACGCCUUCGACUUCGUCCCCAGAAAAGUCCUCGCACAGACCAUCGGUCGGCCAACACAGAUCAAUCAGCCCAGCCCACCACACGAUGAAGCACGAGUGCGCAAUCCUUUUCUUUCCUUGCCUGUCUUGCCUGUCUGUGUGGUCACUCAGCGCCUGAGCUGGAGGCGGUUCCCGAGCAGGUGUUUGAGGACGUGAUGGGCGGCAUGUUCUCCCAGUUCCCCAUUGACCAGGCGGCCAGCUUAAUGAGAGACAUCCUGCCCUCCCUCCCCAAGGGCAUCUCCCCCGUCUCGCUCUCCAGCACCCUCUUCAACCGCGCCAGGCCUGCCCAGAGAGCCGGCAUAGUCCGGUACGCCAACGCAAUAUAGACAGACCCACCACUUCUCUCCCGUGAUGUGAUCAUCCUGCGCCUCUGCUUCUUCCUUCCAGCGGUCUGUUUGACGGCCUUCCGUCGGUGGGUGGUCUGCGUGGUCAGCUGCUGGGCGGCCUGAUGCCCCGCAUCCUGCCCGAGUCAGAGGUGCGCGGCUUCAUCCUCAGCGCCAGGAGGGCCCGCAAGGCUGCCAAGGUGGAGGAGGAGGUCAACGAGAUCCUGUCCCCGCUGCUGGCCAAGAUCGUGGCCGGCCUCACCGAGGACGAGCUCAAGGCGGUCUUCACCGAGCUGUUGGACAGGACGGAGCGAAACCUCAAUGAAGUUAUCCCCGCCUCACGUAUGCAUGGACAGCUCAAAGACAGGCGAUGUGUGGAGGCGAUAUAUGCACAGCCCAUUCCCUUCAUGUGUUGGUGUUGGGUGUUUGUUCGUUCGCUUGUGUCAGUGCCGCUGGUGGCGGUGUCGCCCACUGAGAAGGCCCCCCGUGUGGUGAGUGUCCUGUUCACUGAGCUCGGCUCCGACAGCUCAGCUGACUUCCUGGAGAUGCUGGUGGCCAAGGAAGGCGACUCGUUCCUGGCGGACAAGUACGGCCUGGGCGACAUGAGUGUGCUGCGGGAGGUCUUCACCUCCUACCUCGAUACCUUCAAGGAGGAGGAGGGAAUCGCCGAGAAAUUCACGUAACCACCGCACCGCCACACACAAAGCCCGUACGUACGUGCAGCCCUCAUGUUUUGUGUGUGUGUGUGUGUUGUCUGUCUAUCAGUGGCACGUUUGAGAAGGCCACUGACGAGCUGGUUCGCGGCUUCAUCCUGUUCCUGACGCUUGACGACCCGUUCGCCAAGGGUGAGGACGACCACCUCUCUCGCACGUACGGCGGCGUCAAGAUGGCCGACAUCGUCCGUGAGAUGGGCGACCAGGUCAUCGACAAGGCCCACACCAUGAGCGCAGACACCGUCGAGAAGGCCGAGGAGGUCAGCCAGUGGCUCGACGGGGAGGUCAAGAGGCUCGUCGAGUACGUCGCCGACCAGGGACAUGAGCUUGGCGACAAGUUCGGUAGGCAGCCCAGCCGCUCACACGCACGGCCGCAGAACAUCCUUCCCCCGUGUGUGUCAUGUAGAUGAGGUGGUUGCGUCGCUUGACCCCUCCAACGAGCUGGAUUACUUCCUCUCGUCUUUGUUCGGCGAGCUGGGCCACGACAGGUCGAUGGAGCUGCUGACAGACUUCCUGAAGCAGCCCGAGGCCGAGCUCAAGAAGGUCGGCGGAUCCAGCAUGGGCAAGGUCCUCCUCUCCUUCGCUGCCGCAUUCACCGAGCAGGAGUCCAUCGCCAAGGACUUCGAGUACGAUACGCCAUGCGAGAGAGAGACACCACCACAACACACACACACACGUGUCACCCAUCUCUCUCGCUCUCUCCCUCGUCUGCUUGUCGCCAUUUCAGGAAACUCUUGCUGAUGCUGGAUCCACAGCAGCUGGUCCCCUCUCUCCAGGCCCUGUUUGAGCCCGAGGAGGAGGAGAUGGACAGCCGGCUGUCGCUCAAGCUCGGCAAGCACACCGUCAAGUCGCUCUUCGCCGACGCCUAUCAGCACGCGGCUGCCGAGGCCGAGAAGAUCACCCAGACCGUGAGCGGCGUGGCCAAGGGCAUCCGUGUCCCCGACAUGCCCAUCAUCAAGGGCCUGCCCAUCCCGGAGGUCGAUGUCAUCGAGACCAAGAAGGAGAAGAAGUCCGAGGGAGACAAGAAGAAGGGCAAGCAGGAGGCGGACGUGGGGAGCUUCGUCAAGAACAUGAUCAACACCACCGACGAGAGGAUGCUGCCCGCGGUGGUGGCUGGGCUGCUGCCGGCGAUCGACCCCUCUGACCAGGCGAAGAUGGUGCCGGUGCUGGGCAAGGAGCUGCUGAGCCAGCUGCCGGAGGGCGUGCUGAAGGCGCAGGUCAAGGGCAAGAGCGUCAAGGGACUCAUCGGCGAUGCCAUCACCGAGGCCGAGAAGGAGAAGCAGAAGGAAUAAGCCUGCGUGCGUGCAUGCGAUGCGUGUUGUAAUAUCAAUCAAUGUGCCGUGUUGUGUUUAUUUAUCUAAGGCAAUGGAUUUGCUUUUAGGAGUUCAGCUCAGCUCAUGUCUCUCUCACUCUCUCUCCCUCUCUCUCUCCUCUCUCUCUCUCUCCCCGAUGUGUGUGUGUGUGUGGGGCGGAGGGGUGGGCAGUUCCGUGCCCCCUCUCUCUGUCCCCACGAGAUGCAAUUUUCGAUGGAUGACGAGGCACAUCGUGUUCGCGUGUGGCCAGCCAGCCUGUGUGUCUCUUGUCAGCCUGUCAGCCUGCCUGCCAGCCUGCCUGCCUGCCUGCCUGCCUUGGUGUCUGUCUGAGUGUCUGUCUGUCUGGUGUGUCUGGUUGGUGUGCGGAACGAAAGAGUGACGCAGCCGACGUGUCGUCUCGUCUGCGUGUUGCGUGGGGUGCUCGUUGGGCGGUGGGGUGGUGUACAGGAGCUUCGCUUCCUUCGCCGUAGCAGACCAUACCAUACCGUACCGUUUGUGUAGAUAGAUAGCCAGGAAUGGGAAUGAGAGAAAGAAACAAAGAGGACGGACAGACAGGGUAAGGGACCGACGUA